GAGGCAGACCGAAGCCAUUUUAUUAUUUUAACAGCCUAGGUGCAGGUGCACCGAAAAUUGUUACCAAAAUAAUAAUAAUUCUAACACAGGUUACGUUUUAGGUGCUCGCGGUACAAUGGGGCAGUGCGGGAUUACGUCGUCCAAAACCGUCCUGGUUUUCCUCAAUCUCAUAUUCUGGGCUGCUGCUGGAAUUUUGUGCUACAUUGGAGCCUAUGUGUUCAUCACAUAUGACGACUACGACCACUUCUUUGAGGACGUGUACACUUUGAUUCCAGCCAUUGUAAUCAUUGCUGUAGGGACUCUUCUGUUCGUCAUCGGCCUGAUUGGCUGCUGUGCAACAAUACGCGAGAGCUCCUGUGGCCUGGCAACAUUUGCUGCGAUCCUUCUGCUGGUGUUCGUGACGGAGUGUGUGGUGGUUGUGCUCGGCUACAUUUACAGGGCGAAGGUAGAAGAUCAGGUGAACCACUCCAUCCAGAAGGUUUACAAUGAAUACAGCGGCCCCAACACGGAUGCUCCCAGUCGGGCUAUUGACUAUGUGCAGAGGCAGCUUCACUGCUGCGGUAUUCACAACUAUUCUGACUGGAGGAACACACGCUGGUUUAAAGAGUCCAAGAACAACAGCGUCCCACUGAGCUGUUGCCAGCCCAGAAUCAGCAACUGCACUGGCACCCUGACCCGACCAGCGGAUCUCUACCAAGAGGGCUGUGAAGCACUUGUAGUAAAGAAACUGAAGGAGAUCAUGAUGUACGUCAUAUGGGCGGCGUUAACUUUUGCAUCAAUACAGAUGCUGGGCAUGCUCUGUGCCUGUGUGGUACUGUGCAGGAGGAGUCAUGAUCCAGCCUAUGAGCUGCUGGUCACCACUAACAGCUACGCUUGAAGGACACAGCCCAACCGACACCGCUCUCAGUAAAAUAAAAAUAAAAAAAGAAAGAAAAAAUACGUCCGGGAGCUUCACCAGACAUGUUCACACUAGAUUCAGCCGUACUUACUCAAGCUCAAGCACACCUUGCACAGCUCAUGUUAAAGUAGCAAACACUAGCGAUGGGGUUUUAGUGGGGUGAUGUUCUCUAAAAGGAAAACUGGUUAUUUAUUAACACGCCCCAUGAGUUGCAGUUUCGUUUUAGUCCCUUGAGUCCUGCCCUGUAUAAAAAGCCAAAGCUGUACUUGGCUGAUAACUGAAAUUACUGUUGCAUAUGUUUUACUUUUUGUUGAAAUUUCUGUUUAUCCUGUGAGGAGGAUGAAGAGUUUUUGGAGCUCAUCUGUGAAGAUGCGACUGGGAGUUUUGUAAGGGAUGUUUGCACAAUGACCGGAGCCCUUGAGACAUUUAGUUAUUUAGUUACAUAAGCUAUUUCUUGGCUUUUAUAACCCUACAGUAAGUGUUUAAAAUCAUUGACUUUGAGUAAUGACAAAAUCAAAGUGAUUUUUCUUUUAUUUGUUUUUAUCUGUUUUGUUGCAGCUAUGUUUUCUUUCUUAUUUGUUCUCAGAUAUUUAGGUUGUAAUUAUGGUAUUUCUUUUGUUUUGGUGUAGAUGUUCUUUGAAUCAGGCUUCACUAGUGACCCAUUACCAGUAUAAACUGCAGUGCCAUUUGUACGAUUCAUCAGCAGUGUUACAUGAAUGCUUAAGUGUACGUUCAGUUUGUUAGUUUUACUGGAUGACUUCAGUUUGUUUCUUUCAAGUUAGAAACCUGAUGCAAAGAACAACAAGAUGUUAUUUAUACCAUGUUUGUGAAGUUGUGUACUGUUAUUUUUGGGCUGCUAAGUUGAUCUCAUAGAUGUGACUAGUGCUGCAAGUAAAAAUGCGAGGCACUUAAACAUUGUGUUUGACCCGAGAACACACAGAAGACAAAUAAACUGAAAUAUUUCA